UUCCAUCUGACUGAGGCCGCAGGAUCCUGGGCCCAGGAGCAGAGGAAGCCCAGCUCUGACGCAGAACUUCCACAUGGCUGAGUUUGAUCUGAUGGCUCCAGGGCCGCUGCCCGGGGUCCCCUCUCACCCUCCGGCCACUCUCAGCCCAGACUCUGGGUCGGCCAGCCCAGCAGCAGAAGACGCAACCUCCCCGGGGAGCUCCCCGGGGGAGAGCCGGGGACAGAGCCAUGGCUCUGCCUGGCAGGGGGGUCCUGGGGCGGAGGCGGAGGAGGAGGUCCUGUGCGACUUCUGCCUCGGGGCCAGCAGGGCGAGGGCCACGAAGUCCUGCCUGACCUGCAUGGUGAACUACUGCCCGGAGCACCUGCGGCCGCACCAGGAGAACAGCAGGCUGCACGGCCACCAGCUGACAGAGCCCAUGAAGGACCGGGACCUGCUCGUGUGCGCGGCCCACCACAGCCCGCUGGUUGCCUUCUGCUGCCCCGAGGGGCAGUGCAUCUGCCAGGAGUGCGGCCGGGCCGAGCACAGGGACCAUGCCUCUGUCUCCCUCGAUGCUGCCCACAGGGACAAGGAGGCUGAGCUUCGGAUCACCCAGUUAGACCUGGAGCGGAAACUCAAGUUGAAUGAAGAUGCCAUCGCCAGGCUCCAAGCCAACCAUAAGUCCGUGCUGGUGUCGGUGUCGGAGGUAAAGGCGGUGGCCAAGGAGCAGUUUGGGGCUCUCCUUGCUGCCAUGAGGAAGGCCCAGGCUGACGUGAUGCUUUUCUUGGAGGAGAAGGAACAAGCUGCCCUGGGCCAGGCCAGUGGCAUCAAGACCCACCUGGAGUACAGGAGCGCAGAGAUGGAGAAGACCAGGCAGGAACUGGACAGAAUUGCCGCCAUCGGCAACCCCGUGCUUUUCCUGGAGGAGUACUGCAAGUUCAAGAACAUGAAGGACGAUGCUUUCCCCAGUGUCUACAUUGGACUCAAGGACAAGCUCUCGGGCAUCCGCAAGGUCAUCACGGACUCCACCACACACCUGAUCCAGUUGCUGCAGAACUACAAGGAGAAGCUCCAGGAGUUCUCCAAGGAAGAGGAGUACGACAUCGGAACUCAGGUGUGUGCCGUCACUGAGCACAAACACUGGACCUCAGAACCAGAGCCCAGCACCAGGCAGCACUUCCUUCAGUAUGCCUGUGACAUUGCCUUCGACCCCGACACGGCACACAGGUACCUCCGGCUGCAGGAGGACAACCGCAAGGUCACCAACACCACGCCCUGGGCGCACCCGUACCCGGGCCUCCCCAGCAGGUUCACACACUGGCGGCAGGUGCUGGCCCAGCAGAGCCUCUACCUGCACAGGUACUACUUCGAGGUGGAGCUCUCCGGGGCGGGCAUCUACGUGGGCAUGACGUGCCAGGGCAUUGACCGCAAGGGCGAGGAACGCAAUGGUUGCAUUUCCGGAAACAACUUCUCCUGGAGCCUCCAGUGGGAUGGCAAGGGGUUCAGGGCCUGGCACAGUGACACGGAGACCCCACUCGAGGCCCGCCCUUGUCAGAGGCUGGGGGUCUACGUGGACUUCCCCGGAGGCGUCCUCUCCUUCUACGGCGUUGAGCCGGAGGCCAUGAUGCUGGUGCACCGGUUCGACUGUAAGUUUUCGGAGCCCGUCUACCCAGCCUUCUGGCUUUCCAAGAAGGACAACACCAUCCGGAUUGCGGAUCUGGGAGAGGAACCCGAGAAGCCGGCACCGACCCCGGUGGAGCCUGCUCCCUAGGUGCCAGGGUCCAGAGCCCAGACCUGUGCUAACACACAGACGGGGCGGCAGCUUGCGUUUUAAGGCUGACUGGGGGGCAGAAUCCCUGCCAGCGGUUGCUGGCUUUAGAAAUCACGUGGGUCACAGGAUGAGGGGAAGGCUCUCUGGCCACCGCCUUGGGCUCCAUGCAGCGCUGUUCCCCACGUUUGCAACAAUCCUCAGGCCCUAAGUCCCCCUCGCCAUCUUCUCGUGAUGUCCUGUCUGCUUGGGUGAACAAGCACACUGUGCCCAGAGGUGGUCACCAGGAAUCCUCAGAACCAUCAGAAAGACUGCAGAGGAAUCAGAAUAAAUCACUAACUUUAUCUCGCUUCCCCCGCGUCCCCGGCACUGUCCUGAGCUCCUCCCGUGCGUCAGCCCUCGUGGCUCUCAUGGCAGCCCCGUGGGGUAGCUGCUCACACCGUCCCCAUUUUGCAGGUGGGGAAGCUGUGGUCCGGUGGGGGUCAGUGAACUUGCUCGGGCUCAUCGUGGUCACUUGGUGAGUGAGUGGCCCCUAGGAGGGCUGAUGUUGAACUUCUAACCACGACCCCACGCUGCCUUCCUCCUUAGACGGUGGGUGUUGUGUGCACGGGAAUAAACCACAUCAUGAACUGCGUUCGUAGGAGUAGAGUGUCUUACAGCCUCCGUCGCUUUGCACCCGCACGUCUGACUGGGCCUUGCAGCUAUGCUGUGAUGGAGAGCUCACUACCUCACCUGGAAGCUCACCUGGUUUGGGGACAGUGAGGAUUGCAGGAAUGUCUUAGUGGGGUCCGAGUCCUAGUCCCUGUAACCUCAGGCGACAGGGCUCCUUCCUCUCUUCUGGAGCCACCUGGAUGAUGUGGACGCGUCUGAUUCCUCAUUCAAGGGCAGUUCUCCCAUGUGUUUGGGGGCAGCUCUCACACGGUCCCCCCCCCGGGAAUUAUUCUUGGUUUCUCACUCUAUCCUUGGCUUCUCACUCUACCUCCCACUUUCCUUUGUGGUUUCUGGACCUUCUACUCCUCUGAUCACAUCCCCCUCCUUUCUACAGAUGCGCUCCCUAAGAUUCAUGAUACACAUUCAUCAAACCCUUAGUCAAAUGACAAAUUGUAUUCAAAUGGGUUUCUGAGGACAUAACCUGAGGCCCCUUUUGGGAUUCCCUGGAAAUAAAACUUCUGGGUCUUUUCCGUGA